GGUGGCCGUGUGGUCGGUUGUUGGCUCUUACCUGAUGUGUGGUGGCGCCCUCUUGUGUUGGUGACACGUCACAGUUCUGGGAGUGUGUAGACAUGUAGGAGCCGUGUUAAUGAUCUCGUGGUGCCAGCAGUAUGUCCAGUUCUCUUACCCUCCCCUCCUCUACAACCUGCUUAUGUCCUCCCUACAUGACGGGAUACGCCAGACUCUAGCAAUGUAUCGGCUGCUGCCUACGUCACGGAUAUAUGGGCGCACAUCUUGAUGAUGUCACUCCCACACUGGACAACAUGUAUUUUUUGAAGCGGCUGGCCAGGGCCGAUAACUCGCUGGUGAAAGCCGAGCGCGACCAGGGGAAGCUACUGAGAAAGAUCGGCCGGAAGGGGCGGCUCCGGGGUCAGUUUGACAUGCCUUGUGGAGUGACCACGACAAAGUCGGGUGACGUAGUGGUGGCGGAUACCGAAAACCACAGGGUUCAAAUCUUCACACCCGAUGGCAACUUCAAAGCUAAAUUCGGAGAAAAGGGUUCCAAACCCGAACAGCUGUGCUACCCCAUCGGCGUCGCCAUGACAACCAACGACAACAUCGUGGUGACGGACAGCGUCAACGCCGCGGUCAAGAUCUUCACCCCCGGGGGUCAGCUCCUGCACAGCUACGUCCAUCAGAACGAGAUCGAGUUCCCCCACGGGCUGGCGGUGACCACCGACGACCACCUUAUCGUCACGGACAUCUGCAAGCACUGCGUCACGGUGCUGACGCCGACGGGGGGCGUCAGCCACACGUUCGGGAGCUACGGCGACGGCCCCCGGGAAUUCGACCACCCCUACUGCGUCACGACCAACUCGUCGAAACAGAUAAUCGUGUCCGACACGGGCAAUAACUCUGUCAAAAUCUUCCACUUUCAAGGACGGUUACUCCGAUGUUUUUCUUCCACAGAAUUCCGAUUACCUCCAGAGAAUUUCAUUUCCUUAUACGGCGUCUGUUCGGACAAUGACGACAACACUUUGGUCGUCUGCAACUCUGGCGUGUACAUGCUGACCAAGAAUGGGCGUCUCUGGGAAGUCAUCACCUCCAAGGACGGCCUGACGUCACCAAAGUGUAUAGCCUACUCCCCUUCCGGUCGUCUAGUGGUGAGCCAGGCCGGAUAUGACGUCAGACACGAGCUGUGUAUUUAUAGAUAUAACAAAGACGAUUUUAAGUCUUUGAACACUCUUGUUUAUUAUGCUAUUUCUAUUUGACAGCAUGUGGUAUUUUAUACAUUCUUUUUUUAAGCUAGAAAUGAAUUUUAAUAGAUUUUUUAUUACACAUGUUUGCACAUUCGGUGGUACUAGUUAAAUGGUUAUUUCAAAUGUUUUUUAAUUCUUUAAUGGGGGGCGGAGACGGUGGAUUUCUAGCACCUGUAAAACUGAUACGUGUCGUGACAAAAGACCUCCAGAUGUGACAGUUGUGACAGUGUGACAGUGUGACAGGUGUGACAGUGUGACAGUGUGACAGCGUGACAGUGUGACAGUGUGACAGCGUGACAGUGUGAUAGGGCAGUUUAAAGUGUCACGGUGUGUGUUUGUGUGUGUGUGUGUUUGUGUAAGUGUGUUUGUGUGUGUUUUUGUAAGUGUGUUUGUGUAAGCGUGUUUGUGUGUGUGUGUGUGUUUGUGUAAGUGUGUAACCCGGUGAAUACAUUAGGGAUAUGGUGAAUAGAUCAUCUGACAUCACAUAAUAUAUCCAGGUCACAGAAUACAUUAUCUGAGGUCACGGAAUAAAUUAUUAAUGGUCAAUAAAAUUAUGUUUAAUGAAAAUACAUUUUUUAGCCAUAUAGUGAACACAUUUUUGUUAUCUUCCACAAACCGGGGUCAGAGUUGGGGGUCACACCGCACUAAUUAUUUAGGGAUCGUGCACAUAUAUAACACAUUGGGUGUAGGGGAAGUUUAUAAUUUUGUUAUACAUUGGAUUUUGAGCAACGUUAUGUAAGGGAUCGUUAGUAUACGAAACUCAUAGAGGUAGACAAGGUUUAACAUAUUGUUAUAUAUUACGUUAAAAUAGAGCUGAGUUACAUUCAACUGUCUUGGAGUUUUCUUACGUCUUGCGAAAUCUCUACUCUUAGAGUUUGACUGUGGAAGUUUAUGCAAUUAGCCUUACUUAUCUUUCCUUUAAACUUAGUGUAUG